AUGUUCGGGCUCGAGGAGUAUGUGCACGACAUACUCAGCCGCAGCCUGGGCCAGUUUGUCGCCGUGCCUCGCGACGGCAUCUCCUUCUCCAUUUGGGAGGGCGAAGGCGUACUCGACGGCGUGAGCGUGCGGCCCGAUGCGCUGGCCUCGCUUGCGCUCAGAGUGGUGGCGGGUCGAGUGCGUCGGAUUCGGUUGAUCGUGCCUUGGCACGCGCUCCGGUCGGUCCCCGUCAUGAUCAAGAUUGAGGGCCUCGAGCUGCGAGUGCAGCGGUCGGACGACUCUCCGCAGCCAGCCGACGCCGGCGAGAGGGCCAAUGCCACUGCCGCCGCCGCCAACGAAGCCAUGCAGGGUGCGGAGUUCACGGCGUCCGAGGUUGCCGAGGCGGUCUCCGAGGUCCGGGCGGUGGCGUCCGAGGUGGCCGCUGCCGCGGGCUUGUUGCGCGAGAUGGACGGCUCCGCCGAGUCGAGCCUCGACGCGUGGGGCGUGGCGCUGCUCGACGAGACGGACACGCGGAUCCUCCUCGAGACGGGCGAGUCCGCGGCGCCGCCGGGCGGCAGGCUACUGUGGGAGGAUGCGCUGUGGGCGGUGCGCGUGCGGCUGCUUGGUCGGAUGCCCGGCGCGCCGCCUGCAGAGGGCGAGGCGGCGGAGGGUGCUGCCGCCGGGCCGACGCUGCAGCGGAGCGACUCGGAGUGGCACCUCGCCGACGCCGACGAGGCGGAGGCGGAGUGCGGCAGCGGCGCGGCCGACGGCGCGGAGGGCGCGGCGCACGACGCCGCGUCGUGCUUGCGGCUCGAGCCCGGCCACGCCAAGGCGCACUUUGCGCGCGGGCGGGCCCUCUACCUGCUCUCCGACUUUGGGCGCGCGUUCUGGCACUACGAGCGCGGAGACGCCGCGGGCGGCGACGCUUGGUCGGCGCUGCACCAGUCUGCGGAGAGGGGCUCGACCGACUGCCUCGUCUUGCUGCUGGCGCACGGGAUGGAUUCGCGCUUCGCCGACGCGCACGGGCGCACGCCGCUCAUGGCUGCGCUCGAGGCGUGCCACGUCGACGCCGCACUGGCGCUGGUGCCGCUGUCGGACGUGAGCGCGGCCGGGCCUCUCGGCAGGACGGCGCUGCACUGCUGCGCGGCGCGAGGGCUCGCCUCGUGCGCGGCGCGGCUGCUCGACGCGCGCGCGAGUCCGACCGCGCGCGACGGCCGCGGCCGCACGCCGCUGCACGCCGCGGCGGAGGCCGGUGCGAUCGCCGUGAUGGCUCAUUUGUUGGCGGCCGACGGCGGGAAAGAGGCGCUCGACGCGCGGGACGCGGACGGGUGCACUCCGGCGCUGCUCGCACUGCAGUCGGCCCGGCCGGCGCCGCUCUUCGCGGAGGGGACGGCCGGAGGCGGAGGCGGAGGCGGAGGGGGCGGCGGCCACUCACCGCCGAUGCUGCUGCAGGCCGCGGGACUCUGCCUCAGCCACCGGUGCGACGCGCGCGCCGCCGCGGCUGACGGACAGACGCUGCUCCACCACGCCGCCGCCCUCGGCGCGACCGACCUCCUCGCGACGCUCAUCGCCGCCUCCGCCGACCUCUGCCUCGGCGCUUCGGUGGCGUGCGCGCCCCACGCGGGCCACGCGGCGUGCCACGAGAUUCUGCUGCGCCAUCUUUGCCGGUGA